GGAGCGUCGAGCAGAGGGACAUCCGUCAGACUCCGUCCUUCGCUCUCAGAGGUGCGUUCAAGAGCUCCACAGGCUGCACCACCACCAGAGCACUCCGCCGGGACCCGUCACACCGAGCUCCGGGCAGGUUGGGCCGGAUUUCUCCUCUCCACCAGGACUGUGGGAGACAUGCGACGUCUCGGAGGAGGAGGAGGAGACGAACUGGCCAUCCAGCAGAAGCAGAAGACACCUGCGAGGAGGAUCUGAGUUUCAAUAACGUCAAAAGAAAGGUUUAUUGCAGGCAUCACUAUGACUGAUGGGGAUUAUGACUACCUUAUAAAGCUCCUUGCCCUGGGGGACUCCGGCGUGGGCAAGACCACCUUCCUGUACCGAUACACAGACAACAAGUUUAACCCCAAGUUCAUCACCACAGUCGGCAUCGACUUCAGGGAAAAGAGAGUGGUGUACACAGCAGCCAACCCCAAUGGGACGACCGCAGGGAAAACCUUCAAGGUUCACCUUCAGCUCUGGGACACAGCCGGACAGGAGAGGUUCCGCAGCCUAACAACUGCGUUCUUCAGGGAUGCCAUGGGGUUCCUGCUGAUGUUUGAUCUCACCAGCCAGCAGAGCUUCCUCAAUGUCAGAAACUGGAUGAGCCAGCUACAGGCCAAUGCCUACUGUGAGAAUCCAGAUAUCGUGUUGGUAGGAAACAAGGCAGACCUGGCCGACCAGCGGGAGGUUCAGGAGAAACAAGCCAAGGAGCUUGCUGAUAAAUACGGGAUCCCGUACUUUGAGACGAGUGCAGCGACAGGAGCGGAGGUGGACAAGGCGGUGAUAACCCUGUUGGACCUGGUCAUGAAGAGGAUGGAGCAGUGCGUCGACAAACCGCCUGCCGAGCCAGCCAAUGGGAACGGGGCCACAAAGCUCGGCGAUGUGCAGCCUAAUGAGAAGAAAUGUGCAUGCUAGAUCAAGAAGGAAGAGACCAGUCAGCGCUUCUGUCGUCGGCCCUUUCUACUCGCCACGAUUCCCUACUUCUUUUACCUUCUCCCUCUCUGUCAUCUUUGAGUGCAUGUUUCUUCAUCUACUCCUGUUCACCCUCUUGUCACUAAAACUAAUCCUUAACCAUCUUAUGCUCCUCUUUCUUUUUUCUCUUCCCCGCUGUGUUCUUAUUUUCCUUCCCAAACUGUCUGUCAGAGGGCUAUGAAACAACCUUAUCCCCCUCUGGUGGAUAUUUAAGGUAAUACAGCAUCAGCCUGUCUGCCUUUGAGCUUUGUUUAGGAGGACUUUAAAAUAUGAGGGUAAUAUGAGUAAGUUUCAUCACUGUCAGACACAUAAUGUGCCUCGGCUGUCUGAUCUGGGGCAUGAAAAGCUUAAUGUCAGGCUAUGUGUCUGUGUAUAUUAGCCUAAGUCUUGGUCCUCUUCUGAAACUUUUCCUCCUGGACCAAAGUGAGCGGCUGUAUGACCAGUUUUUUCCCAUGUUUCACACUGUUUUCUGAUGCUGUAGCCGUUCCAAGCAGUUUUUUUGUUUCGCUUGUCUGUUUGCUAAACAUGCACUUAAUUGUGUUUAAUAUAUUGACUAGGGUGUCAUGGUGGAGGUAUUUGACACUUGAUUGAGAGGUGCCCUUCGCAGCUUAUUGCUUGUUUUGUUUGUUAAGCCAAUAUCAGCUUGUUAACGUCUAAAGCUAACUUUAAUGCAAUGACCGCUUAAUCCACAAUGAGUUGUGCAGAUAAAUAUCACGACAAUAUUAAACUUUAUAUUAGUAACGGUAAAUGAAACAUGGAGAUACCCCCAAAACAAAGCAGAGGAGGUUAAAUAGCCUCUGUGGAGUAUUUUAUAUUUCGUAUCCAGACUGGUCAGAGUAGAUAAUAAUGUACAAGAGUAUCAUGUAUUAAAACUUUUGAACAACACUUCAUAAAUACAAUAUUAACGUUGACCCUCAUUUUUCGAGAAAAAACUUGGAAUAAAUGUUGAUAUGACAAGCAGACCUAACUGUUACAGACUUCCUGUUUGCACAUGUGAUUAGCAGUUCAUGUGGCUAGCUAGCCACAAACUAGCUAACAUAGGGUAUUAGUGCUUGGAAGUGUUAGCAGUGGCUAUAAGCAUAAUUCCUAUAUUAACUUAAGUAGGUGAUGAGGGUUUCAGAGUAAAGAAGACAGUUUGCAAUGUUUCAAUACAGUAAUUCACGUUUUCUUUGAAUUCCAUCUGUCUAUCUAACUUUUGAUGCCAAAAAAUAGCAUUUAGCUAUUUAUAGUUUACUAUGAUUUAGAGAUAGUAUUGCAUUGACUAAUAUGGGUACAGCAUGGCACAUGUGAAGUGGAGAAAAAAAAAAGCCUUCAUAUAUGUAUAUCAUUAAAAAAGUGUCCUAGACCAGGAUAUUGUUCCAAACUGAUCUACUGCCUUGGCUUUUAAAACGUUAUUCCACUGUGGCGGACAGACUUUAAUCUCUGUGCGGGUUUGAGAAGAUUC